GCAUUUCCUGGAAAUUUAAAUUCUGACAGUGUGGUCCGGCAUGAUUUACAGCAUCCAGUUAUCGCCCGCUAUGUACGGAUACUUCCAUUGGACUGGAGUGGAGAGGGUCAAAUUGGCCUGAGGAUUGAAGUUUAUGGUUGUCCUUACUGUAAGUUCUUUUAACUUCUGCUAUGUCAUUUUAUUUCUGCUUUCCUGAAGCUUUCUUGUGUAAUGGUAUUUAGCCUAGUAUAAUCCAAGCAAGUGUGAUCUGGAUGCAGGAUUUGGGUUGAGUGUAGUUACAUUGCAUAUGUAAUAUAUGCAAACUAUAACAUAUGUAAUAAGAGACCUGAGGUAGCAUAGUGCCUCAGCUAUGAGCUAAGAAGUUCCUGAAUCAAGUGCUGACUUCUUUUCCGAUAUAACAGUGGCCUUGGGGCCAAGGCAAUAUAUGAUAUCUCAGCCUCAACCCUCCUUUUGCAUUAUGGGGAAAAUUCCACUGAACUACCUAACAGAGUUUAGCUGGUCAAUACGUAGGAGGUCUCCUUCGUCCACCAACAGAGGGACUUUAGAUACAACACACCUUGUCAUAUUGUGGAAACCUGGACAAACUGCUUUAAUCUUAACUGUGGUUAGUUGAAGCAAGUGAUCUUGAAAUUAAGGUGCCUGAUAGUUUUGUUCCAUCCACCUGUGGAGCAAACUGACUCAUACUCUAUAGAACAUAACACAGCAGUCAGAUAUCACACUUCUCUGAAUUUUGCAAUGUAUUUUAUUUGCACAAGAAUAGCUGAAAUUCAUGAAUUAUUACUUAAAAUAAGGCCCGAAGAUGUAUUUCAAUGCAAUUUUUGUAUGUUUAAAAAUAAUAUUGCUGCUUUAUGUGGAAACAGGCUGUAACAGAUCAAUGACAAAGCAGAAUGCUACAUCCCUACUUCAGGCUAUAGUUUAGGAAGCUGGCUUGUUCUAAUUAACUAUAAACCAGAAGUAGGGGUUUUUUUUGGGGGGGGAGGAACUGGCAGUGUUGUUGUUGGACCCUCCUUUUUCACACAUUGAGCAGAAUGUGAAGAGGAUAGGAGUGGAAACCGCUGGUCUUAUCCUCCACUGAUCACUGAAUGUGUGGCCAUUCCUCCUGUUGCAUCCCCAUCCACAGGUCCCCAUAGGGGUUGUGACACCUAUGCUGUGCUGAUCCUAGAAGUCCCACCACCCCACUGGCUGCAUUUGUGGAACUAACAGCCUAUUCUCACAUGCCAGCUAGCAGUGGUGGUAAGAGUGGGCCACAUUUGCAUCAUGCGCUUCUUCCAAGGAGUGUGCAGAGAUGUCUCACAACAGUGCAAGUGAAGUAGGUUAUGCUGAGAGGGAGCCUCACCCAAUGAUAUGAACCUGAGAUGUGUACAUAUAAUGCCAGCUGCUACAUCUUAAUCUGGGGUAACAAUAGUGUGGGAAUAACUCACAUAUGCUUCCCACCCAGAAUCUGUAAUAUCUGCAGGUGGGCAGGGCUAAUGAAGUGCUCCCAUCUCAUGAAUGGAAACAUUGCUCGAACAGAAGGAAGGAUGAUAUUUGCAUGACAGGUAACCAUACCACUGGGCCUGCCCCACCCCCACAUGGUUCUUUCAUGCUCAUCUUACUAGAACAUUGUGACAUGAUGUUAUGGAGUGAUAGGUCUCAUGCUGCUGCCAGGAAGAAUGUACACCAAUGCAGUGCUCCAGCAAUAUUAUGUCAAAUGUUAUUCACUUUUCCUAAUAACUGCAAAGAUAGGCUUGCCAUACAUCAGUAUAAUUCCCGACAUGGCAACACUAUGGGAAAAGCAGCAGAAACAUCUCCAAAAGCUUAAAAUCACCAGUUUUCUGAGAGGGUAAGUUUCUAAAAAAUACUUCAACAACUUUGCGGGUUUCAGGAAUUUUACUUUUUGAAAUAUGGCAACCCUAUUCAAAGAGUCCUAGACGCCCCCUCCCCAAAGCCUGGAUUAUGGCAGCAUGUAGUAUUGUGGGUUGGAGAGGAAACCUGCCGUGGGGCAGGAGGUUGAUGAGAAUUACUGAAGAGACAUAGACCAUCUGGAGGGGAUAUACUGGGACAGCUUUUCUUCACUCAAAAGACACAAUCCAACUGAAACCCUUUUAAAUUAAUGGAAAGUUAAUGUUCUCUAAUCUGUUGCCUAUUUUGCAAGCAUAGUGUUGUUGACUAUUUAAGGUUAUCACUUUUAAAAGUGAACACUUUUAAAUAAUAUAUCACCACCUAGUCUCCUGACUGGGAUGCGGGUGGUGCUGUGGUCUAAACCACUGAGCCUCUUGGGUUUGCCGAUCAGAAGGUCGGCAGUUCGAAUCCCCGCGACGGGGUGAGCUCCCGUUGCUCGGUCCCUGCUCCUGCCAACCUAGCAGCUCGAAAGCACGUCAAAGUGCAAGUAGAUAAAUAGGUACCACUCCGGCAGGAAGGUAAACAGCAUUUCCGUGCGCCAGAAGCGGCUUAGUCAUGCUGGCCACAUGACCCAGAAAACUGUCUGUGGACAAAUGUCUGUUGCCUUGGCCAGUAAAGCGAGGUGAGUACCGCAACCCGAGAGUCGUUCACUACUGGACUUAACUGUCAGGGGUCCUUUACCUUUACCUUUAGUCUUCUUACUAGCCCCCCUAAUUUGUUUGCUGUUAAACCAGUUGCAUAAUGAAUCCUGAAAAUGGGCUAAAUAGAAAUUACAGAAACUGUGACUCCCUCAUCCAGUGAUGUCAAACGGUUUUAUUAUGUUGGCACAUAAGCAGAAAGCAUAAACCCAUUCUGGUAAAGUCAAUUUUGCCUGUAAGUACUGAGGUUGCAGUUGCAAGGUGUUCAAUCCUAGAAGGUGGAGGGGAAGUAAUAGCAGUUCAGAUCCAGAGACUCCAUACAGGAAAAUGGAAGAAAGGAGGAGUUAGUCAACUCUACCCCAUGAUUAAUUAGAACCACCUAGAGAUUAAUAUAUAUGGAAAUGUGUAUUUCAACAUUGAUAGGAACACAUUUUUCAUGCAUUUGGGUCCAUUCUUGGAGCCAAGGACCAUAUCACAACAUCUGGGAAAGUGCAAAAUCUGAAGGAAUUACACCCCUGCUCUAUAUAUUAGUCCGGAAGGUAUGAAGUAGGUAUACAUUCACUUAAAAAUGUGGACCAAACAGAUUUCUCUUCCAUCGUUUUCUGAAGUCACACAUAAAGUUGCUGCAAAAAAGGACUCUCUUUCUUUAGUUAAUAUAAAUCAUAGGUUUCCCUUCAUGCUGUAGCAGGCUAUUUUUCAAAGCAGGGAUUCAUAUAAAUUACAGCAAAACCCAGCUUUGUGUCAUGACAUUCUCUUUCCUGGCUUCUUUCUACCAUUUCAACCACUGUAAAUAAUACUCCUAGUUAGUCACCAUGGAAAAGGAGAAGAGGUUUCUGAAAGUGUGGCCUUUAAAGCAAGUCUUUGGAAAAUGAAGUCUCCCUGGUGUCCUUUCAUUCAGCUGUGGCAAGUAGAUGUGGAGAAUCGUAGCCUAAUUCAUUCUGCAUAGCCUUUUCAAGCUCUUUGCUUGAGUGAAUGUCCAUAAAGGCUUUGGUUGGCAUUCUGCCACCUUCUCAUUUCUUCAGCAGUGACCGAUCAGUUUGUCCACAGUGACUUGGUCGCCUGGGAAAUCAGGGAUUGAUCUUUCUGAAAGGAAAAGUUCACCGAUUUAAGGUCUGGAGUUUUGUUUCUGUGUCCCUGUUUUUAAGCCUAAGGGGCCGCCUCUGUUUCACUGAUGUCUAGAGUAAGAUAUGAAUUGCCAACCAUGGCAAUUAUGCUUCAGCCGUCAUUCAUGUCAUUCUUUGCUAUUUCAUGACCACGUCAGCAGGGAGUGACAGGAUGGCAGUGGAAGGAAUCUUGCAUGAUUCCUCUGUGUGGUCAGAGGUUUCCCUUCAGGCCCCCGUCAUCAGUUAGCUUUCUUUUCUUUUCUUUUGCUUAUUACUUAGGUCCCAUCUGCACUAUAUGUUUUCAGCCAUAUCAUACCACUUUAAACAGUCAUCUCUCUCUCCCCCCCCCCAAAAAAAAAGAAUCCUGCGAGCUUUAUUUUGUUACGGGUGCUGAGAGAUGUUAGGAGACAUCUAUAGAUAGAAGUCUCCAAAGAACUCUCAGCAUCUUUAUACUUCCUAGGAUUCUUUGGGGGAAGCCAUGACAGCUAAAGUGGUAUCAUAGAUGUGCCCUUUUGUAUCCUGCCUUCCCACCAAAUGAUCCAAAGAGGCAGCUAUGUUAGUCUGUUGUGGCAGAAAUAACAAACAGAAUUGACUAUGGGAAAGACCAGGUCUAUGGACUAAAGACCAGGUGAUCUGAUGUGUGAAGUAUUGGCCUAAAUUGGCAGGAUGCACCUGAAUGUAGAAAAGAAGAAGAAACUGAGGUGAGAAUGAGAAGUAUACUUUAUGGAGAGUUGCAUUUCUGUCUCUUCCUUAAUUACUGAUACUGGGAUCCUCAAAUGGGUCCCCAUGCUUAAGAAGCUGACAGCCAGAAAAUCAUUUUGCUAUUGAUAGGCAGAGAUACCUGGGUGUGUAUCUUCAGCAUUUGUUUCAGAUUUCUUGCACCAGAUCCUAAACAUUUAUGCAAAUCUGCUACCUGGAGAGAAUGCACACAUUAAAUAAAAUCUGUGUAAUUUGUGAAGUUGCUCAAGUGUAACAGGCCAUAUUCAGCUCCCAAGCACUUACAUACUUUGUAAACUCUGUCCUAUUAUAUUUUUCAAAAGAAAACUAAUUUUUUAGAUGUUGUUUACUCAUUCUCAUGGCAGAAUGCCAGUUCAUUAGUAAAUAGUUUUUGUGUAUCAGCGUCUUAAAUAUUAUAAGCUACUGUAGAACCACAACAGAAAUAAUUAAUACAACUAAUGCACUAAAAGAAUCAUGUUCAUGUGGAACUAGUGCCAGCUUGCAUGAACCUUUUCUAUUUCUUAUCACAAUUCUUGAAUGCCUGUGGACUCACUGCUGCUUUUGUUUUGAGGUGAUGUAAGAUACUAUGACCCAGUAAGCAAAGGCUUCCCUAGGAGUGGCUCAGGAGUGGCUCAGGGCUUCCACUAGGCUUGCAGCCUGACAGUGGCAGCCUCCACAUGGAGAUCUUUUCAUAGAUGCUGCUCAAGGGACUGCCAUGAUUUUGCAAUAAUGGUCAGCCCCCCCCCCCAAGGGCUUGCACAGAUUUUAGCAAUGGCACAUUGGCUGUAUUUGGAUGAUCUAUUGACUCUGGAGGCUGAGAUAUGAAUUAGAUUUCUGGCCCCUUCCCUCCUCCCUUCAUGAUUAUCUAAGUGAAAAGCAAAAGUCUUUGGUUAACCAACCAUUGUUUCCCAUAGUCAUUCCCAGUUCUAAAACAAGGAGUUCUGAUCCCUUGUCACUGCUAACAGCGGAGCAUCUGUCACUUUCCUUGGACAUGCAGGGACAUGUUGCUGGAUCGAUGUCAAUGACCCUGGUAAGAUGUAUUUUCUGCAGUGACAAUGUUUAGAACACCUACAAAAUUGCUUUUAUUUAGUAAUUCUCUAUUUCAGAAACAAUAUAUGUACCUCAGUAGGUUUUAAAUAUGAUUACAUUUCUGCACAGGUAUCAGAUGAGCUCAAAGAUAGUUUGAUUGUUUGUUCUUUGACUAGAGGGACAGUAUAAUAAUCCCUGGUGACUAGCCAGCUUUCUGGCAGUAAGCAGACUCCCGUCAGCUCAAGAUACUUUUUAUUACAGAAACAAACAUCCUGAGCGGGGCUUCGCACUCCUCUAUAGAUGCUCUAAUCUGCUCUCAUCUAAUCUCAAUAGAUGCUCUAAUCUGAAUCCGAGUUCUGCUUCCAACAGGAUCUACCCCAGAACCUCGUAUGUCUGCCCCUCCCCUUCCGCUCCUCUUUGAGGCAUUCCCAACGCCUCCUCCAAGGACUGAGAGUCUGAAUCAGCUCUUCUCCACUGACAGUGGAUAGUCUCUCUCUUCUCCAUUGGCAGCCUGGCCUCUCCUUGGUCAUCUUCCAGCCCUCCCUGUGAAGGAUGGGCUGCGGGGUUUCAGUUUUGGAAACCAGCCCUUCCCCCUUAUCAGAAUCGUCAGCCUAUGAACGGCUAGCUCUGAAGUUUAACCCUUCUGCCUCCUCAGGAAAGUCAGCCUCUUGUUCACUUUCCGAGGCCAACCCUUCUGCUGGGUCCUGGGGAGCCACGCUCUGAUGCACACCAGCCCCAUCUCUGAGCGAUGUGAGAGUCCAGGGGUUCCUGGCAGUUCCCCAGGGUUUGUGUUCCCUUUUGGAAAGAGACACAGCAGAGACUGUGAUGUCUUUAGGGUAUAUGGUUUAUUUAUGCAUUUAUACAACCUGAGCCUGCGAAGGAGGGUCUUGUUUCUCCCAUAGUCACAGCCUAGGAUUCAAGAAAAUGCCAACCCUUUCUGUGCUCCUCUGGCUUCCCAGCUUGCUGCCUUGCUCCUCAGUCACACAGCUCCCAACUCUCAGCUCUGGCAUUAUUCCUUCUCACUAUGUAUGAGUGGAGGGAGCGGAGGGGACCACCCAUUUGCGUCUCCUUUGGUCUCCGUACCCCCCAGCAGGAGGUUAGGCCAGCUUGAUUAGAUUAUAACACUUCUUGCUGGAUCCAGGGACUAGAAGUCUGGAACCCAUCUUGAUACCCCAAGCCUUGCUUACAUUCUAACACCUACUGAAUCCAGGGGUUAGAGAGGUCUGGCACCCACAAACUCAUAACACUACCCCUUCCCCACAGAACUGAACACCUAUCCCCAGAUGUGUAAGCAGCAAAAUUCAGCUUACCUUUAGAAAAAUCACAGACAGACUAGCGGAGGCAUUAGAACACAUAUAAUCAAAAACUGAUAAUAAAACACAAUUAGACUUUUAACCCAAUCCAGUAACAGCCUAUUCCUAUCAAGCAAGUGCAUCAGAUCACUUCAGGCCUUCUUCUUUCUCCUUGGCGCACACUCCCAGUCUGUUCUGUAUCCAAACAGUUUACCCAGCCCCCUCCCCCCGCAUGCCUGAAGUGAUGAGUUCCGUCAUAUUUAAACCAGGAUUAUAAGCCUCAGUACCAGCACUGCAUUACCCAAAUGCCUUGAUCCCACUUUCCUUUGUGCCACUGCAGCACAGAGCAGCUUUCAAGCACACACAAGACUUUCAGAGUAUUUCCGAAACAUCAUUAAACAGUUCCCAUUGCCACAAACAUGCAAAAAGCACAAAUCAGUAGCAUUUUAAAACCAUUGCCAAAACUUGCAGGAAGGAUCCCUUGAGUUGGGGGAGGGGACCCCACUCAUUUGCUAUCUUGCACAGGGCCACUUCCUUUGUUCCUCUUAAUAGCCCAUCAGCUCACCAGGAAGCUAGCCAGGCUAUUCCAGGAAUUAGAAGGGGGUGCCAGGCAUUACAAGGGUCUCAGCAUACAGCCUAUUCCCUGUUCCUAUACUAUCUCCUUCAUUCUGCAAUAAAAAAAAACAGAGAGAAAAGCAAUGCAAGAGAAACAUUUACCUUAGACAGAGGGCAGCUGUUCCUAGGGGUAUCUGAUAAAAUGAUUGUAAGCCCCCAGCCACACAUGGCCAAAUGUGGCUGUCUACUUUGGCGUGGUCUCUCUAUUACUUGGUGACCCUCCUGUGGUUUUAAAUGCUACAUGGCUGGAAGAAUGGGGUAGGGGAUUAGCAUUGUCCCCCCCCCCAUCUUCUUUUGAGGCCACAGGUCUACAAAGACUUUAGCACCUUGCAAUUGUUCUGCCUCCAUGCUCUGAAGAGAGUUGGACAACUGGGGAACACUCCUGGGCAUCAUGGGAGAUUAAAACGCAACUAGUCUUAGCAACUUGGUGCUGCUGGCAGCUUUGCUCACGGUCUCUCUGCCUUCUACUGCCAGGAAGGCUCAUGGGAGACCACCUGCAGAGAGGCUUGUGAAGGUGCCUGGAAUAGGGCCAUCUUCAAAGGCAUCUUGAGGAGCCUCUCUGCAGAUCAUCUCCCGUGUGCCUUCCUGGCAGUAGAAGGCAGAGAGACUGUGAGCAAAGCUGCACUGAGUUGCUAAGACUAGUGUGCAUAUGCAGAAGAGAAGGUUCGCUUAUUUGUUUUCCAGCUGUGGGAAAGUCAACCAAUUGCAAAGGAUUUAUUGAACAUGGUGACAUUUGAAAUCAGCUUCUGCUGGACACGUAUAGCUUAUUCCAAAUUGUUGAUGAGACAUGAUUUUAAAUUCCUUACCAUCCCACCAUAGAUAAUUGUUCAGGGAAGACAACCACUUCUAAGUAAACUGACUCAGUGCUACCCUUUUAUUGACUGCUGAGUUAAAAGAGCCAAGCGGAACUUUGGGAGUUGUAUGUCUCCCACUGGUUUAUUACUGCAAUGUUUCUCUUGCUGACCUCGUCAUUCUUUGUUCUGUGCUGUGAGCUCUCUUCCAUUAAAGCCUCUCCCAUGACCUCUCAUUUUCUGCCCCAAGUGAGCAGUUCUUCGAUUCCAUUGCUUCCUCUUUCAGUUUUCUAAUUACUGCAGUGUCAAGUAGCAUCCUGCGUUGCAGAUUGUCAGCUGAGUUGAAGGGACUCAACAUCCCCUUUGCACAAUAGGGAAAUUAAUGCAAAGCCUUUGGGGAGUAGAGCCAAGGCCUUUCUUUGACACCACGGGCUUAAUUCCUUGUGGUGACAGAAGGCUUUUGAUGUGAGGCACCUGCACUGUCUGGCUUUGAUCUGAAAACAUUCCACACAAUUUAGUGCCUUUUGAAAGUAAGGCCCAGUGUAUUACUUCAGUGAAAUGUUAUCACAGCCUUUAAACUGGCGCAUAUAAUUCGUUGGUUGGGUGAAUCAGAUCUUAAUCAGAACUAAGAUGCUAUUGUACAGCUAUGUGUUUUUGUUUCAGAUUGUUUUGUGGGGUGGGGGGUUCAUAUCAUAACACCAGAUAUGAACUAGCUAAUGCAAGAGAACAAUUUCAUAUGUAUUCCUUAUGCCUCUGAGCAGCAGUCUUAAAUGCCUUCAAUUAGAGUUUCUCAAUUGCAGGAAGAUGCUCAUUAUGAAAAGGAAGAUUUUGAAAAGGAUAAUGCUUUCAAAAACAUUCAGAUGUUUUGUGGUUAUCUAGCUUCCAUUUUUCAGAUAUUAGAAGUCUGGCACUUAAUUGUAAUUUAAAAACAUAAUCUUGAUGGUGAUUUUUACAGCAUUGUCCUAAACUUGUUAUUCAUUCCCUUGGAUUAUAUUUAUUGGAAAUUUGCAUUUAUCAGCCUUCCCCAAUCAAAACACACAACGAUGGUGGAAUUAUCCCACCUAAUCAUAGCUUAAGAGAGCUGGAAGGGACCCCAGAAGCCAUCUAGUUCACCCCCCCAUCUGUAAUGCAGGAUCCUAGUGAUUGGCUGCCCAGCUUCUGCUUAAAUGCUUCCAGCAAAUGUGAGCUCACCACCUCCUGAGAGGUCAAACAUCUUGACCAUUAAGAGGUUUCUCUAACAUUUAGCGAAAUUCUUUCUCCCUGCAAGUUCUGCAAAGUCAACUAAGCAAAGAAGAAGAAAGAAGACCAGAACUCCCACCUCCCACUCUACAAAGACAGAGGGACAGGAGAGAGGCCUCAACCUCAAGAUCUGAGAGCACAUGCAGCUUGGGAUGGAGGAGGCCCUGGCAUUUAGGUCCCAAGUCAUGUAAGAACCAGGGUACUGAACUGGAUCCAAAUCAGACAGGCUGCUAAGGGAGUUUUUUCUUUUUUAAAAGAUUGGGAUAAUAUACCUAGUCAUGCACAUCAAAAUCCUGGUAGCCGUAUUCCAUAGCGACUGAAUCCCCUGUGGCCCCUUUGAGGGCAGGACCAUGCAGAACUCCUUGUGGUGAUCUGAGUGGGAGCCUCCCAGGGAUGGAUUGGCCAACCUAGCUCUGCCGAGAAAUGGCGGCACCUCUGAAGCAUCUGAAACUGGUGCCCCUCAGGCUGCGUGGGUUUCAGCUGACUCUGAGAGUCCGCCUGCCGCAUACCUGCUCUUUCAAGGGGAUUGCAACCCUGUUCAGUAUAUAGUAUAACUAGGCACAUUGAUAGCUGUUUUGGAAUUCUAAAUAGAACCUUGAUUUUAUUGUUUUUAAUACCUGUCUGCUUUUAACAGCAUAGAAAUAAGGUCACUUCUUAUUUUCAUCAGUGAAAUAAGUCUCUUUGACACUGAAUAUGCUGUAGAUAUUCUAAGUGAAUUUACGUGAUUGAUCUUCUGUCAUAAUGCAGGCAUUAAAUAUGGUCUGUGAAUAAACCUAACUCAUGGUUUUAUCACAUUUUGCUGCUGAAGUUUAUCAGCUUCAGUCAGCACAUAUUCCAGGUUAUCUUACCCUAGAGAAAGCCUAACUGCUUUUUCAUGUAUAUUGAAUUUUUUUUAUGUUAGUGUAUAAGCAGGCUACUAUUUUUGUUACACUAAUUGCUAAAACCAUUUCAGAAUUUAUCUCAAAAUCCUUCUUUUAGAUAGAAAUGCCAGGAACAUCCUGAAAUAAAAAAAUUUAAGGUCUUAUAUAUAAUAAUAAAUGUUCAUAAAUGUACCAAGCAAACACGUACAUGAAUAUAUGAGCCACAUGUCAGAAGCAGCACAGGAGAACAGCCCUGAGGCCAUUUUGACUCCCAAACUGACCAAAUGUUUUCUCUGUAGGGUUGAAGGAAAAUGGAAAAGCCUCCCCAUUGUCUUUUCCUUCACAAAUCCUGUCUUAAGGGUAUGUCUGUGUAUGAAUAGGGUGAGCCUGUGACCUGGCUUAGAAACUAAGUAUUUAUCAUUACAAAAGACUGACCAGGCUCCCCAGGGUAUCCAAUCAAGUAACCAUUAACAGGUAACCUGCCAGACAAGAGAUAAACAACGCACUCAGAUUUCUGUUGUAGACCGCCCUUUCUGUGAUGUAUGUAUGAUGUUUCUGGGGGUGGUCUUGGACUCCAGGGUGGGCAGUUUAAAAUGUCUAUAUAAGGGUGGGCACACCUUUGUUCAGGGUCCUCCUCCUUUCCUGCGUGUGAGGGGAGCACCCUGUUGCAACAGUUCAAUAAAGAUCAGGCUUACUGGCUGCUUUGCUUCUCGGUAUUCUCUGGUUGGCCUCUGUUAUUUUCUCUGACCGAUGGAGAACCUACGAAGGACUCUAUACGGGCUCUUGUGUUCCCCAUAAGGGAAUAAGGGCAGUUUUUUGUUUAUUACAAUCCAUAAGGAUUUGUGUCCCAAACAGCUUUGCAAAUACUGUAUUGUCAACAGACAGCAGACCUACAUGGGAGGGAGGAAGAGAUGGCAGAAUUGUUUGGUGUAUUAGCAUAAUCUCAAAAGCCAAUUAAAUAUGAUGUGAAUUCAUGAUAGAGGCAACAAUUAUUUGGAUUGGGGGAAAAGAUCUCCGGGUGGGGCUACAUAAACACAUAUAGAGCCCCACUUACACAACCCAUCAUGCAGGCAACGAAGGCCUGACACCUGUGGCUCACUGCAUGUAGAAAUGCACAUAGAGAAGUGGAAGGGCUGAGAGUGGAAAGGGCACUCAAUCAGAGUCGCAGUGUGGGCAGGCUGGGGCGCCAUCACCCUGAGGCAUUUUUUUGAGGAGGUGCAACCAGGUGUCCCCAUGACAGGCUCCCUCGUGGAGGCCUGAGCCACAAGGAGGGAAGCCAUGCUGGGGCCUGGCCUUUGGGGCUGGUGCAGAGAUGGUGCCUCCUUCACCUCCUGGCCAGUGAAGGGACACCCAUGCGCACCCUCCCUCUUGACUGGCCACAAGGGUGCUUGUGUCUGUGUGCAUCCAAGAAUAGACGAACUGUUCACAUAUUCAAAAUAUACUCCCACCUCUCCAGCAUGGCUGCAAUGUCCAAAGGCAUCCCCAUUUGUCACCCUUUGCUGUGAGGGAUUCUCUUCCUCUGAUCUCGUGUUCAGUGGAACUCAAGCAUGGAAGAGACAUCCUGAGCUACAAGGCCACUUCCGUUAGUUCAUCCUUGACCUAUCUGACCUUAACAGCAGGCCUCUACCUGACUCAGACAGCACUGAUUUAUUCUCUGUAAAUACAAAAGACGGUUAGUCAUGAUCUAAAGGAUCAUGUCAGGACAAGUCAGUCCUCGAGAUUUUCAUUCAACGCUUUCCUUGGGGAGAAAGGGAAUAGAAAGGAGCCAAUGUUAACAUGGUUUUCUUUGUACCAGAUCCCAUGUUAACACACAUUCCCAAUCCUACAUGCACUUUUUUAUUUCCAGACCCCUCAAUAGAUUCUCUGAAUCUUCUCUUUGAAUAUUUCUUGAUCCCAUGGUAGAUAACAAUCCUUUUUAGAACUUCUGGAAGUUCAUUCCAAGGUCAUUUCUGUCCUCAGAGAUAAUAGUAAUAUCUCUAUCAUAAACACACCACUUAAUUACAUCUGUUGGAGCUUUCAACAGUUGCAGCUGAGCAGGUCUGCCACCUCCCCAGAAGUCUGUAAAGUUUCUCUUUCCUAAGGGGAGGAGUUACCUGGAGCAAAGGUGAGCAUUCUAAAGAAGGGAAGGGGAGUGAAUUAAAUUUCUCAUCACUGUAAAACAUGUUUCAUGUGCUUAACUGAAUUGGGAGCCUAAGAUAAGAUUGAUGUUGGCCGUGAGUCCUCAGUGGCAAAAUUCUGAGUACAAGAGGAGUGUUGUGUGCCAACAUGGGGUGGAAGGCCCUAAGUUUAAGGAAUGCAAAUAACUGUUGAUUAAUUUACCAGUAGGGACAGUGCUUGUUGGAAAGUUCCUUUUGUCCUUGGUGCAGAUUAUGAAUGGUCUAAUGGAAGAGCCAUGCUGCAGAUGACUGUGAGCAAAGGGACUCAGGUACAGAGAAGGGCAUGUGCUUGCAGGUCGCUUAAGUGCCUGUUUGGUAAAGUCACCUGUGGAGUGAGGCUUCUGGGAGACAAGGCAGCAAAGGGCAUUUCUGGGAUUACAGCAAGGCAGAGCAAGGCCAGAAAAAUGAUGCUUUGGGGCUGUUUUGAAUGAUGUUUUGAAAUCCAAGAGCAAAUGCAUGGAGAGCCUGUACGAGUUCCCGUUUCAGAUGUUAUUCUAGAAAUACGGAAAAAGGAUGUUUGUUCCUCCUCUACCCCAUAGUUACAAUGCCCCAAAGUGUCACCAGCCUGCCAGCUAUGCUGAUAAUUUAUUUUUGCAGGCACCAAUUAUCAUUUAUAAGAGUCCAAAUAAAUAUCAGGAUUACCUCUAGUGUCUUGAGAGUAAGAAAAUAAUAAGAUUUUCAGCAAUAAGACAUAAUUUAUAAGCAAUAGAUUCACUUAAUAAGCAUUUCGGAGAGAUCAAUAAGCAUUUUGGAAAGAUCAAUAUAUCUUGAGAAAUAAUACAUAAAUUAUAUGGUUUAAUCUUACCUCAUCAUCCUGGUUGGAGGUUUGUGUUCUGGUGUUUGAGAGAACACAUAUAUUUUCUUCUGUCUGAGGUGGAUGGAAGGCUGAGUUCCUCAAAGAUUGAAAUAUUGUCUUUAUUGAUGGGUAAGGAUGUAUUGUCAGGAGAGUUAAGAUUUUUUCACACAUUAAUUUUUUCAUGAAUGGUUAAAAUCAAAGACAUGAUUGAAACAAUUAUUGCAAAAAUGUGCCUGAUACAUGGGAUGGUUACAAAUUAAUUGACAAAUAUAAUGAGGACUUGCAGUUGCCUCUGGUUAGGGAACAACGUUAAUACUCAAUGUGUUAAAAAAACCCUUUCUACCCCACCCCCCUUCGCCACCCAUCUAUGAGAAAAGAAAUUAAGUUUAAAAGUUAUGAAAAGGGAGAGAAAAUUCCAGUGAAAUUCUCAUGAGUUACAGAGGGGUGGGGUUUUUUGGGUGCAUCUUUUGAGGUGAUCAAGGGGUGUUUGCAGGUGUCAUUCCUUCCACUGCACAAAUCAUCUCACCAGAGGUCCUCAGUCUGCAGCCCUCCUGAGUGGCAAUCUUUCAAGUAAAGCCCAGGGGAACUCUUCCCAUGUGACUUUUUCAGAGUGCAGGCAGCCAGGGAAGCUCCAGAACGCUGGAGAAAUGUUUACACACAGAGUCAUUGGUCACCUCACAGUGAUAAGGUAAGCUCAAAGCCCUGCCAAGCACCACAGUUCUUAGAAAGUGUCCCAAGAAUGAAGCAGAAAAGUGGAAGCCUCUUUCACAAGGGACAAACACUUUUAAGGAAAUGGAGGACCAAUUCUGGCACAGCACUAACUAGAAGAUUCUUCCAUGGCUGGUAGCUCUUCCUGGGCUAUCCAGCAAGGAAACCCACAGGCUUUUCUGUACUGCCAUGCUAGAUGGGCAAGGUCUAGUCAACCGCAGCCCGGCAGAUACCACCUGAAGUUCACUAGCAGCAUAGCCUGUAGGUGACAGCCAUCCCUUCUGUCCUGCACACAAUAUGUUGUAUUUGCUCUUCUUAUGGGAGCCCCCCCCCCCACUCCAGCCCAGGUUUGUAUUGCUACCUACCUGGUGAUUCAUGAUGUGCUUCCUGAUUUCUCGUGGCAGGAUCCAUGCCACUCUGACUACAUUGGAAUAAGAAAGUAGGGUGGGUGCAGUGCCCAGGAAGUUUCAGACUGAUACAGCCAUUCAAGCACUAACUGUACGGUAAAAUGGCUGUGUGCUAUCUAGGCAGUCCCCUUAUAGUUUGGGUUCUUCGAUUCAGAGGCAUUAAAAAAUUUCUUUCCAUUUGCAAUUAACGUGACCCUUGGCGCUUGUGACAACUGCAGCUUCAGGCAGAUGGGGUGACUUCCACACGUGGAGACUGAGGCUCGGGCAAUGGUUUGGCAUGAUACAAAGACGUCACCAUCGAUAUCGUUUGCAUUCUCCCUUUUUCAUGGUAAUAACAAAAAAAGUAAAUUACUGAGGCUUUCAAAUAUGCGCCAUAGCCUUCCAAAUAAAAUGGCAAUGUAAGUCUUGUUACUUGCUUAUAUAGUAUCCUUGGAGGGCAAAGUCUUUCAGAAUUUACAUUGCUUUGUGGAUCUGUAAGAUGGCAGCAUAAUCCAUCACUCAAUAAGCAGAAAUCCUCAAUAAAACAUUUCUCAGCAAUGCACUACAAUCUUGUUUUGUUUGAAUUAGUGUAGGCAUACAUAACUUAUAAAAAUGUGUGCGCCAAGCCUUUGUUUAUUUUGCAGAAGAUAGAAAAUAAAAUUAGAUGUCCAGAACCACCAUGUUGUACAAUUCUUCUUGGACUGUAUUACUUACUUUUGUAGAUUAGUGAUUCUUAUCUUCAAAUCAUCCUGGGGGCAGGGGAUCCCUCUGUGUAUAGGAAGCUAGUCUGUCAGGCAGAAGGAUUCCAGCUUCAACUUUCCCCAGAUUUGCCAUUUUCUUUUAUAGAAUCAUAGAAUUGUAGAUGGAAGGGACCCGAGGGUCAUCUAGUCCAGUUCUGGGCACCACAGUUCAAGAAGGACACUGACAAACUGGAACGUGUCCAGAGGAGGGCAACCAAAAUGGUCAAAGGCCUGGAAACGAUGCCUUAUGAGGAACGGCUAAGGGAGCUGGGCAUGUUUAGCCUGGAGAAGAGGAGGUUAAGGAGUGAUAUGAUAGCCAUGUUCAAAUAUAUAAAAGGAUGUCACAUAGAGGAGGGAGAACGGUUGUUUUCUGCUGCUCCAGAGAAGCGGACACGGAGCAAUGGAUCCAAACUACAAGAAAGAAGAUUCCACCUAAACAUUAGGAAGAACUUCCUGACAGUAAGAGCUGUUUGACAGUGGAAUUUGCUGCCAAGGAGUGUGGUGGAGUCUCCUUCUUUGGAGGUCUUUAAGCAGAGACUUGACAACCGUAUGUCAGGAGUGCUCUGAUGGUGUUUCCUGCUUGGCAGGGGGUUGGACUCGAUGGCCCUUGUGGUCUCUUCCAACUCUAUGAUUCUAUGAUAGUCCAACCCCCUGCACCUCCUGUUUUGCAUGUAAGAUAGUGUUUCUCCCCCUCCCCCCAAAAAAAAUGAUUAAAGGGACAGACAGUGAGGGUGCCCAAUGAUGUUUUAAUACUUUUAUUAUUUUAUUUUGCAGUUUGCAGGAGUAUUUUUGUUGUUGUUCUGUUUGUACUUCUGUCUAAGACAUAGCAAGCCAGUGGGAUGUUGUUCAUAUCUGACAGAGGUGCUGAAUUUAUUUUGGAUAUUUGCAUUAUGACUUAGGUGCAGAAAGGAGUUAAUGAUAUCUUCAAUAGUCCGAAGAUGUCUGCCUCUGCAUUCGAAGACACACUUGAGACUGAUUUCUGAGUGGCUAGGUGAGGGCAAAGUAGCCACCUCACAGCUCACUCUAAAGAACUCUGAUCUAUCUGUAGCAGAGUAGGAGAAGGAGCCAGAGUUUUAAUAAGCAUUCUUUUUGAGUGUGCUGUCACUCCUUGACAUCAGUUGCCAAGUCCUAUUUUUAUCCUAGAGACAAGAAUGUAGCCCCCCCACUCCCGCCUGAAAACAGCCUUGAGUAAGAUACAGCUUGUGACACAGAUGAGUCCAAAUUAAUUCAAUUUAUUUAAGAGUAAUAAUUUAUAGCAAACUCUGUUCCUGAGUUGCACUCAAGAGGUCAUUUCAAAACCAGUUUAGAAUUUAGUUGCCAAAUAAGUUGGUGGCGUUUGGCCACCAGUUGCAAACAGUGUUAGAUAUCUAGAAGUUAUUUGCGAGGCAAUGCCUUACUUCUGAACUGUUCACACUUUGUUUUAAAAUGGACUGUGGGAAAUGGGAAAGAAGAAGAAGAAGAAGAAGAAGAAGAAGAAGAGGAGUUCGGAUUUGAUAUCCCGCUUUAUCACUACCCUAAGGUGUCUCAAAGCGGCUGACAUUCUCCUUUCCCUUCCUCCCCCACAACAAACACUCUGUGGGGUGAGUGGGGCUGAGAGACUUCAGAGAAGUGUGAUUGGCCCAAGGUCACCCAGCAGCUGCAUGUGGAGGAGCGGAGACGCGAACCCGGUUCCCCAGAUUACGAGACUACCGCUCUUAACCACUACACCACACUGGCUCUGAAAGGAGAUUGUUAGCCACUUUGAGACUCCCUAAGGGGAGUGAAAGGCAGGUUAUCAAGUCCAAACUCCUCCUCCUCCUCCUCUUCCUCCUCCUCUCCUUUAUGCUUUCCAGGCAGGCCUCUCCCAUUGCACACAUGUGCGUUUGCGCAAGGGCCCUUUCGAGCUGUCAUAGCCAUCUGCCAGAAUCAGAGAGAACAAAGGGGGUGGGGGCACAUUUACCUGACCUGCACCAGAACCAGGGGUGACCCCCAAACCAGCCAGGGAGACAGCUUGCCAUAGCUUUUAGCACCUCUCGGGGCGAUGAAUGUGGCCGUUGUCAAACCAGCAUCUGCCCUGAGUCGCCCAGCUGUAACAACUUCAUGAUGAGUUCUGGCACCCAUUUUUCUUGGAAAAAGUCCUGGGUAUAGUGAUUUGUCUGUUGCUUUCUAGGGCAUUUGCAAUUGAUUUAGAAUUUGACCGUGACAGCUGUGUGUACUUAGACAUCCAUGGCUUAUCUGAUAAAUGCACACAUCGCCCGAGGUCACUGCUCAUUGGCACAAUUUAGUAUGUGACUCUGACUUCCAGAUCCCAUCCGAACUCCACUGACUCUCCUGCCUCACUGGGAGUGUAAUUAUUUUGCAGGGCACAGCUAGCUCCCUUUUUCAAAAAUAAAACAAAACACAAUUCUCUUAUUUGGAGAGAGGGGAGUCUUUUUUGGAGGGGAGAAUAGAAAAUCCAUCCAAUACAGGAUUAUGCCUGGCUUUUCAGCUUAUUUUAGGAAGAGGGAGAAAGCCCAGCACACUAAUGUUUAAAUUGCCUCUGAGAUUUAAGACAUUUACCUUCCAGGUUUAAAUCUCCAAAAGUUGUGAACAUAUCUUUGUUAAUUCCUAAAGCCUCUUCACAGUAGACAUAUUGAGGAUAACUGUGGGAAAAUGUUUUUCAGUGUUUCUACAUGAAACACCCACGAGGAAGAAUGGAGCGUGAUCAGGAAGAAAAGGCAGUGUUUCCUGUUUUGGACUUUUUCAAGAGAAAAAUUAGCAGGCUGCACUCAAAUCUUUGAAACUGGUCUGAGAGAUUUGAACCAUUUACAAGUUUUGAAGGGAUAUAUUAAAAUAAAACUUUUGUGAUGGAGGUGGGAAUCAAUGUAUACUUUCAGAUCCCCUUUAAAAACUCCUCAUUUGGGUUGAUUUUGUAACUUAAAUGUGCCUCAAAUGUGUGUGUUGGGGGAAAACAGGCAAUGGAUACUCCCAUCAGUCAAGGUUAUUCAUGGAAAUGUUAUUUUACUAGCAUGUGUUUUCUUAAAUAAAGGUGUACUUUCUGAAGGUCCUUUCCGUUACAAAGAUCCUUCAGAGAACAUGGAGCAGCCAGAGGUGGACUGUUGAAUACAAGACAUUGGGGCAGAUCUGCUGCCGGGAAUCCACACUCCCUGCCUUAAAAGCCACUUGCAGGCUCCUGGUUUCUGAGAGAUUUGAAGGAAGACAGAGAGAUAAUAGUAGUAGUAGUAGUAGUAGUAAUAAUAAUAAUAAUAAUAAUAAUAAUAAUUUAUUUGUACCCUUCCCUCCCCGGCCGGAGCUGGGCUCAGAGUGGCAAACAGCAUAUAAAUAAUACCAUAUGCAUAAAAACAAGUAAUCAAUCGAUUAAAAUGCACCCCAAAAUUAAUUCAAAUAAGUUAAAGUUAAAGUUAAAACUGAACAAAUGACAAUCCUCAGGUUAAAAUUGAAAACAGUUAAUAUUCGCCAGAACCAACUGUUUCAACUGAUCCUAUAAGGACCUGUGAGCGGGCUGGGAAACCUCCUUCGUGCUUGUUCUUAUACAAAGAGAAAAUGAGUCAGACUGAACCCUGGCCAAAGGCCUGGCAGAAUGGCUCCGUCUUACAAGCCCUGCAGAAGGAUGUCCUGGUCUCUUGUGAGAGAGUGAUCCACCAGGCCGGGGCCACAGCUGAAAAGGCCCUGGCUCUGGUCGAGGCCAGUCUAGUCUCCAUGGGGCCCGGGAUCUUCAGGGUGGCACUAUGUAGAUUUCAUGUGAGGUUGUGGUUAAGGAAAUCAUGUCCACAGUUUACCAGGGGCUAUUAUUACACUUGCUCUACUGUUUCAUUUAUGACCAUGUAUAAUGUUGAAUCAUCUCUGGUCAUGUAAUAUGAAAAAUGAAGUUAUAUAUAUAUAUAUAUAUAUAUAUGUGUGUGUGUGUGUGUGUGUGUGUGUGUGUGUGUGUGUACCAGUGAUUUUGAAUACGUCUGCAGUAUAAAACAGUGUUGUCUGAAAAGCUGAACCUCUCCUGAUAGAGAUCAUGCUUCAGUCUUUCUGCAGAUAGAACUAUUUUACCCUUUAACCAUCUGCGGACUAUCUAAACAUGCUCUUAAGACUUUGGGAUAAUGGCAAGUUUAGAAGUCCACCCUAGCAGCUCGUAUAAAAAAUAUACUUUCUUUAUUCCACAUUUUUAUGUCUACUCCAUUUCAGUUUUUGUUUUUGUUUUUUAUAAGAUAUUUAUUAGGAUUUUUUUUAAAUAUUACAAUAAAAAAUGAAAAAGAAAAUACAAAAUAAAAAUGAUUAAAAACACUCAGAUUUUCCAUUGCUUAUUUUUCUUUAGCUUGUUUCCUGGACCUCCUCAUACCUCCCUUUUUUGUAUUCCAGUUCAGUUUGUUGGUUCAGCAAAUCCUUACCCUCUUUUUUUAUCCUAAUCUUUGGUCUUAAAAUAGUAACGUUAGAUUUUUACCUCUUAACAACCCCUUUUUCAUAUUCCCUUAAAGCAUUACAGCUAGAAACCACUUAAUUUCUAUCCAACAUCGUUCUAACAUUGAUUAAUUUUACAAUAUUUCUGUAGAUAAUCUUUGAACUUCUUCCAAUCUUCUUCCACCGACUCUUCUCCCUGGUCUCGGAUUCUGCCAGUCAUUUCUGCCAGUUCCAUAUAGUCCAUCAGCUUCAUCUGCCAUUCUUCCAGAGUGGGUAGAUCUUGUGUCUUCCAAUACUUUGCAAUGAGUAUUCUUGCUGCUGUUGUGGCAUACAUAAAAAAGGUUCUAUCCUUCUUUAGCACCAAUUGACCGACUAUGCCCAGGAGAAAGGCCUCUGGUUUCUUCAAGAAGGUAUAUUUAAAUACCUUUUUCAGUUCAUUAUAUAUCAUUUCCCAGAAAGCCUUAAUCCUUGGGCACGUCCACCAAAGGUGAAAGAAUGUACCUUCAGUUUCUUUACAUUUCCAACAUUUGUUAUCGGGCAAAUGAUAAAUUUUUGCAAGCUUGACUGGGGUCAUGUACCACCUGUAAAUCAUUUUCAUAAUAUUCUCUCUUAGGGCAUUACAUGCCGUAAACUUCAUACCUGUGGUCCAUAACUGUUCCCAGUCAGCCAUCAUUAUGUUAUGACCAACAUCUUGUGCCCAUUUAAUCAUAACAGAUUUCACCGUCUCAUCCUGAGUAUUCCAUUUCAACAGCAAGUUAUACAUCUUUGACAAAAUCUUAGUUUUGGGUUCUAAUAGUUCUGUUUCUAAUUUUGAUUUUUCCACCUGGAAACCAAUUUUCUUAUCCAGAUUAUAUGCCUCCAUUAUCUGAUGAUAAUGAAGCCAGUCUUGCACUUUGUUUUUUAAUUUCUCAAAACUCUGCAAUUUCAAUCUAUCUCCAUCUUGUUCCAAAAUUUCCCAAUAUUUUGGCCAUUUGGCCUCCAUAUUGAGCUUUUUCAGAGCUUUUGCUUCCAUCGGUGACAGCCACCUUGGGGUUUUAUUUUCCAAUAAGUCCUUAUAUCUUAUCCAAACAUUAAACAAUGCUUUCCUGACAAUAUGGUUUUUAAAUGCUUUAUGCGCUUUGACCUUAUCAUACCACAGAUAUGCAUGCCAUCCAAAUACAUUGUUAAAACCUUCUAAAUCCAAAAUGUCAGUGUUUUCAAGAAGCAACCAUUCUUUCAACCAGCAGAAAGCUGCUGAUUCAUAGUAAAGUUUAAAGUCUGGCAGGGCAAAUCCACCUCUUUCCUUUGCAUCUGUUAAUAUUUUAAAUUUUAUUCUAGGCUUCUUGCCCUGCCAGACAAAUUUAGAAAUAUCUCUCUGCCACCUCUUGAAACAGUCCAUUUUGUCCACAAUUUGCAAUGUUUGAAACAAAAACAACAUUCUAGGCAAUACAUUCAUUUUUACCGCAGCAAUAUGGCCCAGCAGUGAAAGCUUCAAAUUUGACCAAAUUUCCAAAUCUUUUUUCACUUCAGCCCAGCAUUUUUCAUAGUUGUCUUUAAAUAAAUUCCCAUUUUUUGCUGUCAUGUUAAUCCCCAAAUAUUUAACUUUCUUAACCACUGUUAAACCUGUCUCAUUCUGAAACCUCUCUCUCUCCAUUGGUGUUAAAUUUUUCUCUAAAACCUUGGUCUUUAACUUAUUCAACUUAAAUCCUGCAACUUGACCAAAUUCUUGAAUCAGUUCUAAAACUCUUUUAGUACUAGAUUCUGGCUCCUGUAACGUCAAUACUAAGUCAUCUGCAAAUGCUCUCAGUUUGUACUGUUUGGCUCCGACCUGUAUACCUUUAACCAACCGGUCCCUUCUAAUCAUGUUCAGCAGAACCUCCAGGACCGAUAUAAAAAGCAAUGGGGAAAUUGGGCAACCUUGUCUUGUCCCUUUUUCUAUCCUAAAUUCUUCCGUCACCACAUUAUUUACAAUUAGUUUAGCCUUUUGUUCUGAAUAAAUUGCACUUAUACCGUUUUCAAAACCUUGGCCUACCCCCAUCCCCUGUAGGUUCUUCUUCAUAAAACUCCAAGAGAUAUUAUCAAAAGCUUUCUCCGCAUCCACAAAUAUCAAAAUAGCUUUGGUAUUUAUGUUCACUUCUAAUUUUUCCAAAAUAUCAAUUAUAUUCCUCAAAUUAUCGGACAAGUGUCUUCCCGGGAGAAAGCCCGCUUGGUCUUUAUGAAUCUCUUCCAUCAAUACUUUUUCAAUCUCUUGGCCAAAAUGUCUGCAAAAAUUUUGUAAUCCACAUUAAGUAACGAUAUGGGGCGGUAGUUCUUAAGCUGAGUCUUUUCAGUCUCUGUCUUCGGUAUAAGUGUAAUGUACGCCUCUUUCCAAGACUCUGGUGCCCUUUUCCCUUCCAAUAUUUCAUUGCAGACUUCCUUUAAAAGUUGUAAUAGCCACUCUUUCAAAGAUCUAUAAUAUCUAGAAGUCAGCCCAUACUCCAUUUCAGUUUUUGGGCUUGAAAACAGUAAACUUAAAUUAAAUUGCAGUCCCCUGGGACAGGGAAGCCGUGGGCGGCAGGGCCCAAAAAUGGUAAAAUUGCUAUAAAGACAGGACGACAGAUGUCAACAGGCUUUGGCAUAGGCAUUGGGUAUGAAUCCUGAAUCAACCAACACAUGUGUAGGCUGAUUAUUUUGCUGGGUCAACCAAGGAUACAGACCACCCUAUUUAUUAUUAUUAUUUUCAAUUAAUAUUUUAUUAAGAUAGUUUCAGUUAUAAGAAAUAAUGUGAAAAAAGAGAAAAUGAAUGAAGGGGGGAGUGAAAAAUUUUUUACAAUUACAAUAAAAAGAUAUAAAUUAAUACACUAAAUAUAGUCAGUUGCAUUUCCAUACAUUAUUAUAUAGAUAUAUAUGUAAUAUUAUUGCCCUAAUAUGUGUAUGAUUAUUAAUAACCUACUAUAUUCUGUAUAAACUCAUUCCAAAUGUCAGUAUAUUUAUCCAAACAAAAUCUGUGUCUAUAAGCAAUCUGUUCAUACGUUGCAAGUGCUGUCAUGUGAUUGACCCAUUGAUUAAUGGGAGAUACAGUAUCUCAGGUGUCUCAGAAGCUGAAAAAGCUGCCGGUCCAAACAGCGCUGUUACCAGAUUCUGUGACUGCAGAUAUUGCCAUUGGGCUGCAUCUGAUAGAUGAUAUUGAUCUUUUAGAACAGUAUAAGUACAGUGGUACCUCGGGUUACGUACGCUUCAGGUUACAGACUCCGCUAACCCAGCAAUAGUACCUCGGGUUAAGAACUUGGCUUCAGGAUUAGAACAGAAAUCGUGCUCCAGUGGCAUGGCGGCAGCGGGAGGCCCCAUUAGCUAAAGUGGUGCUUCAGGUUAAGAACAGUUUCAGGUUAAGUACGGACCUCCGGAACGAAUUAAGUUCUUAACCCGAGGUACCACUGUAUAGAAUUCAUAUUCCUCAUCUAUCAGUUGUUCCAAAGUCAAUACACCUGCUUCCACCUAAUUUUUCCACAUUACCAUCUUUUUUCCAAUUUCUAAGAUAGGAUUUGCCUACAAAAUCAGUUUUGCAUGUGAAAAUGGAUCAAUUUUGUUUUUAUUGGACAAUAGUUUCCAUCUCUUUCUAACUGACUUAAUUGUUUGAAGAGUCUGCUACAGCAGACAAGGUAAGCGGCCAUUAGUUACACAUUAUCAAGGAACCCAUAUAAGAGUUCCCCAGAGAUGCAAAAAUAUAUUCUAUUUUUAUAACAGGAGGCUUUUCCCCUGAAUUAUUUGUUCAACAGUUUGUUCGUCUUUUUAAACUGGGGAGUUAUUCUAGAGUUACUAACCAGUUAAGCAUGGCUUGGGUCUAAACGCACCCUCCCAGCAGCAAAAGUCCUCUUCCAAAUACAGAGGGGUUGUCUCUGACAUGCCAGAAUAGUGUUAUAUGAGAAAACAGAGAUCUGGGUUUUUAAAAAAAUAGAAUUUAGAUACUAUAGUCUGCAAUGCGCAAACUGUAUAAAGUCCAAAUAGACUGCAGCCACAAUAGAUAAAAAGGCCACAACAGAGCACAGCAAGAAAUGCUUCUCAUGGCUUAGUCUGCACACAUAAUAUCUUAAAGAGUGUGUUCUCACAUAGAUACCUAGCUUUUCAUAGAGAUGAUCCUUAGACUCCCUGCUCCAGAUUACUCUUCCAUCUGCAGCAUGGCGGUGGAUGGGGAUCCACAACAGAGAGUUACAGCAGUAGCAUCAAAGGUGUGGGACUAUUCCACAGCAAUUCCUCUCCUUUAGUGCUGGAUUUUAGGUGACUGUUUACUUCUGAUGGCAGAAACAGACAGAGCCUGGGUUGAACAAGGGUCCCUGUUGUUUAAGGUUAAAUACCCAUAAAAAGCCCCAUGGAGGGAAAACUACUGGUGCAAGAGGUCCACUCACCUUUCCCGGUGGGCGGCGUUGUGGCCAGGCAGCCGGGACUUGGCAGUGAUCUGGCCGGGGGAGUGGGGAGUUGGCAGCCCAUUCUGUGUUGUCCCAGCCAUGUUGCCGGCACUGGGUGGAGCCAUGCCCAGUGUGGCCCCGCUGAACAAUCAGCGCUGUGAGGGGACGUGGCUGCAGGAGAUUUAACUAUGGUAGCCAGACGGGACCUUCUCUCUCACCUUUUGCACUGGCUCUCCCAACCCACCCACCCUUUAUCCAUGCUUUGCUCUGAUAUGACCUCGCUAAGGACAACGGUCAACUGACAUAUUGUUGUGGUCGGGUAGGAAUUUCCCCCACUUGGCAAAUUGGCACCAGCAGUUUGGUUUUCACCUACCUCGUAGCAAUUGUCACAACUUUGUGAGGUUAGGCAUUGGGUAAGCCUUUGUUUGGAUGGAGGGGAGGUUGUAGCCUCUGCCUGCCCCAUCUCAGUUAAGGGGAGUGGGUGGCAUUGUAGUCUAAACCACUAAGCCUCUUGGGCUUGCUGAUCAGAAGGUUGGCAGUUCUCCCCGCGAUGGGGUGAGCUCCCAUUGCUCUGUCCCAGCUUCUGCCAACCUAGCAGUUCAGAAGCAGUAAGGAUAUCUUGUUAAAGGGAUCUGGGAGUGUGGAUUCUGUCAAAUGCCCAGACAGAAGUCAUGUCACAACCCCAACGUGGACCCCUCAGGAUUACUAUUUGAUGUAAUCCCUGUUAGUGGUUUACCCUUAGAUGGACUCCCUGCAGACGGGCAGGAGUUGUGAUAUAGCCUGGCUUUGCCCAAUGCAUAAGCCAGUCUUUCUCAACCUGUGGGUCCCCAGAUGUUAUUGAACUACAACUCCCAUCACCCCUAGCUAGCAAGGCCACAACUCAGGGAUGAUGGCAGUUGUAGUCCAACAACAUCUGGGGACCCACAGGUUGAGAACCGCUGGCCUAAACCUAACCGCUCACAUCUGUAACCAAUGAAGUUGUGGCCUAUUUGAACCCAUAAACCAAAAUACUCUUGUCCGUCAUGGGGGCCUUGGCACACAACAAACCAAAUGGUGCCAGUUCUCUUCCCGGCCUCCUUUAACAUUUAAGGACUACAGCAACCACUGCCCCAUUCUAUUUUAUUUUAUUUUUAGCAGUUAAAUGCCACCUGUUGCAGCACCCUUUCAGAACCACAGUUUGUGUGGCUCACAGCCUCAAUGCAGGGGAUAUCUACAUAGCUGCUUCAGUUUGUAAAAACCUAGCAACUUGAACAGGGUUGCUGUGAUUGAGCAAACCUCAAGGUGCUCAGCCAGGCCUCCCAAGUGAACUGGACCUGAAACAUGAGAAUGGGAUCUAAGGAAGGAAGAUUGCCAUCUGCUCACCAUAUAACAGUCUCAAAAUUGAUGCUGUAUGUGGUCAGGAAGACUUUUGAGAGAGAUGUUUUUCCUUGCCGUCCUUCUUUUUGAUGGUUAUUCAAGUGGUUUGUAGUUUUAAAGGUGAAAGGGACCAGCAGUUGCAUAGCUUGUGGUUAGUAGAGGAAUGGGAAAUUGUUAAGAUGUAACUGCAGGAUGCCUAUAGUUAUCUUUUCAACUAAAUGCUACAAGGGCCAGUGCACCAAAUGCGUUUGCUUAUGAGGUUAAACAUUCCCUUUCAACAUGCCUUUGGAAGAUCUCCCUUUAGGGCUUAAUUCAAAGUGUGCUGAAGCCUGUGGAUGGAUUCCUAUUGACUUCAAUUGACUUUAGAUCAGCCCCCAGAUGCUAAAAUACGACUGCUGCAUGACUCAAAGGGAAUGGUAAUUCAGUGGCUGUGGGGGUGCCAUAAUGAGGAAGCCAGCUGCGAGAGGAUGCAGGCAAGGGAGUUCAGUUUGAAGAGCACAUUUUAUUACAUGCUCAAGAUUAUGGCCUCCACAAACAUGCGAGACAAUCUCUGGGGAGUAGAAAAAGCACUUUUGUUUAUAUUGCUAUUAUUACAAGUGCAUAACAUAUCCAUUCUUGAAGAAAGACUGUGCUCUGAUACCCAGAAAAUGCAGUUUUGAACUGUUAGGGGGAGGAACCUAGAGCAUCUUCAUUAACCUUAUCAAGAUCAUUUGGUCUUCGUCCAAAGUGUCUUGCAUGUUUUGCUCCAAGAGGACCUUCUGGGUUCACUUUUAAUUUCACUAUUGGUGAAAUCUGGGAUGCACAGAAUCAAUUGAGAAUUUUCACUAGCCUCAUAGAAACACUACAUAUCCAUUGAAAUCUUCAAUAUAUUUUGCUUAGGGCGAGACCCCCAAAUUUACUGUACACUUUCUUUAGCCAAAAUUUGUGCAGCAACACUACCGAAAAAAUGUUUUAAUCAAAACAAUAUGCAAAAAUCUAAAUACCCCAUUUAUUGAGUGCAUAACAACAAGAACUGCUUCCAUAUGGUACAACCCUUCUAUUCUGAGGAACGUGAAGGAACUGAAUAGAUGGAACUGGUCGCAUGGGAUUUCCACACCAAACAACACUCUGAUCAGGCAAGAAAGCCUCACGUGAUCAGGUUGUUAGACUACUCACAUACAGUGCCCAGUGCUGUGCAAUUGCCCUUUGUGUAUAUGGAUGCAUGAGCAAGUGUAAAGCAGACCAGAGUUUCGCCUUUUGAAAACACUGAAAGUACCAAAUGUUACUUCCCCUUGGAGUGAUUGCUGCAGCCAGAUUCUGCAGUGGCUUCCCCAAACAAUUAGAAAAUGGGGUUGUUCUCAGAGGAAAUGUGGGUAUUAUUAGAUUUAAAAGGGGAUCUGUUAUGUCUCCUGGUGGUUAUGAGUUUAGAAACAAGAAAUAUGGGUUUACAAGGAGGCUUUGUUGCGUCUCCAGCAUGGUGACCUUUUCUGCUGGGUUUAUUGUCUUUUCCAAGGUUUUUAAUGAACACUGGGAUGUUGGUUAUUUUGUGAGACAAAUUGAAAAAGUCCCCUGUGCCCUGUUUUGAUUCGACUACAUGCCGUAUGUUACAAGUGGCUAAUUUGAGUUUUGCAUUUAUUUAUGAACUAAUUCCUACACUCGAAUGUAUAAUUCAUAAGAUGAUGUGUGGAUUGAUAGUGUUGGCUGCUCUUUCCAGACAAGGACUGUUUCUUACAAGGGGUUUAUCACUGCAAGUUUUUCUCCUUCUCUCUUUUUGCUUGCUGUGAAGCAGGCUGCAUGCAGUGGACUUCAACAUAUCCUUGGACUUUGCUGUAUGGCCCUGAAACUAUGGGUGGAUAUAUUUUAUUGCUGGAUUCAUGUUUUAUUUAUGUGACUACAUAAAGGCUCAAACUCUGAACUCAUUUGGGAAAUAAAGGCAGGGCAGUCAUCGCCAUCCCAGAGAUAUUCAGACCCUGCAAAUUGUUAUGGUGUAGUAGCUAAAAGUGACCAAUGAGUCGUUAUGUUCUGGGUUCAAGUUUAACCUCAGCUAAUAAUUCAGAAAAUGUCACUCCAUGGUCCCCAUUUGCAAUAUGGCAAUAAUAAUAAUCACGAUAGCUGACAUCCCUUAAAGAAAUGAUUUAAGAAUUACUGAGAAUUACUACACUCCAAAGACUUGAAAUGUGGCAUGUAAAUGUUUGGGAGGUUUUGAGAAAGGACAUUUUAAAGACUUGGAAUAUUUAAAAUGAUAGCAACUUGAGUGCAGAUAAGCCAAUGACAUAAGAACCAUAAAUGCUACAUUUUAGAGAAAUUCUUCUCUGCCCUCAGCUCUUUUUUUAGGGGGGAUUAUAAUUUGAUAAAUAAGUAAUACACAGGUUUUAAGAAUCAUUUGACGUAAGAAAACCUCACUCAUUAUUUAUUAUAUGUAAGUAUAAUCUAGGAUUUACAAACUCUAAUUCUGGCACUCAGCCCAAAAAGGGUUAAUCACCCAUACCUUCCACUAUACCCAAUUUAUCAUCAUCAUCAUCAUCAUCUGCUGUGUACCCAUGACAUGCAAACAUAGCCCAGGUGUUGCAAAGGUGAAUAAUCUUUUAAAAUUUAUGGCAUGGAGCAUUCAGACAGGUAGUUGCUUUUUGGAGGUCUUCUCACAGUGGUCGUUAUUUAAACUAGACCUAUAGGUUGGAGGAAUAUUUAUCCAUAGGUCAUCCGGUCUACUGAUGGUGUGCAGAAUACAGUCUGAUUGCUCUGUAACCUUCCUGGGGGGGGGGGGGGGUAGGGAUGUGAUGGCCAGUGGUUAGUCUCUCUGUAUUUUUCUGCAAGCAGUCUAGGGCUGGAACCAGCAACUGAGGGCCACAGGUGGAAUGUUAUGUUGAAGCUAAGGAAACCAUAUUAUUGUUUGAGAAUGGACUGUUAAAAAACAACAACCAUGCUCACCUGUUAGUAAGAAAGAAGAAAACCUAACAUUAAAUAAUAUAUUGAGAUAAUGUUCCUUUUCACAUUAUUUUAGUAACUUAUAGCUGGGCAAAAAUGGUUUCAGGAUACGUGUUACAUUUUUGCAUGCUCCAAAUAUAUGUGCCUUUGUUUUAGAUGGCCUCAGUAAUGCAUAACUGCUCAGAAACCAUUUUAUUUAUCUUUUCCCUUUAGGGGCUGAUGUUAUCAAUUUUGAUGGCCACGUUGUAUUACCGUACAGAUUUGGUCACAAGAAGAAAACACUGAAAACGUUGAAAGAUGUGAUCACUUUGAAAUUUAAAACCUCUGAAAGUGAAGGUGUAAUCUUCCAUGGGGAAGGCCAGCAAGGAGACUAUAUCACCUUGGAACUGAAAAAAGCCAAACUGGUGCUUAAUUUAAAUUUAGGUAGGAUUCAGGGUCUUGGUUUUUUGUUUUAAAAAUGCAUAUUAAUUUGCUUUGCAUUAAUUUGAUUGACAUAUACAGCACUGGGCUUUAUCCUUUUCUUCAUCUUUGUUUUCUGUUUCCCAUGCUUCUCUGAAAGAAGAGUUGAAAUCGGUUGCUGGUAGCAGUGCAGCCUCUUAUACAUUUGGAAUGAAUAUGGAUUGGUUUCCAAAGCUUUAGUAUUUUGUGCUAACCCUUCUCCUCCCAAGACCAUCAAAACUCUGACACCAGAAAAAAGGUGCAUCCUGUGGACUGUCGAUAGACUUCAUCUCGGACUCUGGCUCUCUGUCCCUGGCCAUGUUUUUGUCAUGGAUUCUCCUUCAUAUCACAAGCCUUGAGUCCUGACUCUCUGAACUGUCCUAUGAACUGGGAUCAACAGAAACAAUGCCCUUGUUAUGCAAGUAAGGGUUCUGUAGGGAGAAUAUGUGGCCUAGUGGCUAACAUCAGAUGGGAAGGGUAUGAAUGAUAAAAUUAUUAAAGACAUAAUGUGAAUGAGAUGCCUUAAAUGAGCUCUUGCAUAAUUCUGGCACAACAAUCUUCAGAUUGUAAUUGUUUUUGUCCUGUGAAUGGAGUUUCUCUCCCUCUUUGUCUCAUUUACACUCAUAAGCCUGCCUUCCAGGCAAGUAACAUCAUUUCCAUACGCAAGUGGGGAACCAAAGCUUCAAGAGAAUGACUUGCCCAGGGCCAUUCUGUGUGAAUCCACAGAGCUGAGCUGGGACUGAACACUCUGGAACCAACUCACUAGCCAGGUUUAUACAUUAUGGUCUGAAACAAUCUGGCACCGCAUGCCGGGGGGGGGGUUAAACUUGAGUCUUCCCUGUUCUUGUCUCUCAUUGUCCACUACACCUUUUCCCCCCCUUUUCUUGGCAUAAAGAUCAGCCAUUUUUGUUUCAUGCAAAUGAGAAUAGCAUAGCUUUACCCUGCCCAGUUUCUGAUGAAUGACUCUGAAAUUCUCCUCAUUUCCAUUUCCUUUCCCAUAUAUUUUCUUAGUUCAGUCAGGUAGUUAUCAGGAUUAUAAAUGACAUCUCUUACAUAUGUACUUAGCUGAGGUGAGAAUAUAUACUCUCAGGUCAGAAAUGGGGUUAAGAAGGUUCUACUGGGAAGAGAAAUUAGAAACCAAGAAUCCUUUAACACAACACUUGGAUCAAAUUGCAGUCAAAACAUGAAAAAAUUCAGAAGGUGACUGUGCCACAUGUCUCAGGCUUGAUUUACUGCUAUGUUGUUCUUUAUUGCAGUUGAAAAUCUUUCAUUGCUUGACUUCAGUGGCUAGCUCUUGCCUGAUAACAGCAUAACUUGAAAAACUCAAGGAUUCCUAUUGGGGACAGAGCUCUCUGUGGCUCUUAGUCAUGAUAGCCAGGUGGAAGAAUCUCCAUGUCCAGAGGCAGUACACCUUCGCAGGCCCUGGGGGAAGCCAUAGCGCUUAGUGGCAUGCUCUUAUUGGGAACUUCCAGGAGUGUUUGCUUGGCUACUGAGAGAAGCAGAACACUGGAUCCAUCAAGGCAGUUCUCAAGCUCUUACAGGCUGUGGGAGAAUUCUGUGGUAUCUCAGAAGGUGGACAAACAGACAUCACGUUCCAAAAUACUAAGCAGAUGUUCUCAUGCUUUUAUGAUCUUGCAUGCAAAACAUACGCUCUACCACUGACCUACAGACCUUCCAUUUAUUGAAUCUAGUGUUUCACCACAACUCUGCAUGAAAAGUACCUCAGUAUUUGCUGUGAUCUUAUCUGUUACUUUGUCAUAAGCACUGCUGUUACUGCUUUUUAGCCACACUUCUUUAGAGCUGGACUGGCCAACAUGAUGUCCUCAAGAUGUUGUUGGACUCCCACCAGCCCUAGCCAGUGUUGCCCACGGGCAUUGAAAUUCAACACCUAGAGGACAACAUUUGGGUCUUUUAGAGCUUAUUCAGACUGUUCGUUUAUUCAGACUUUUUGUGUUCCCUUAGUCACAUCCCAAGUGGUUCGUUAUACAUGAUCUAAGGUGCUACUGGAAGGAAUUUUUUUAAAAAAUUUUGUUUCAACUAUGGCAGAGCAACACGGCUACCUACCUGUAACUAGAAAAAAAUGCUACCUUACAAAGAAUAUAGUAUUUGUGAAUGACAGGGCAUUUUAUUAUAGUAGCAUAGCAGCAACAGUGGCAUGACAACUCACUACGUGGCCUUACAUUUGAGGUAUUCAAUAUUUCCUGCCCUCUUCUUCCUCUCAGGUAGCAACCAAUAUGGGUCAAUUUAUGGCCAUACGUCUGUGACAACAGGUAGCCUCUUGGAUGACCACCACUGGCAUUCUGUAGUGAUAGAGCGCCAUGGGAGGAACAUCAACCUCACGCUUGAUAGGCAUCUGCAGCAUUUCCGGAUCAAUGGGGAAUUUGAUUACCUGGAUUUGGACUAUGAGGUAAACAAUUACACCCCUUACUCUCCGUACAAAUAAACAAAUGACGGCCAUCAGUAUUCAUUAAAAUACUUUGAAAAUGGUCAAGUGAUUUGUGCCUCUUGUGCAGUUCAAAAGCCCAUCAUUUAAUCUAGCGUUGGUUAUCUCUCAAUUCUCCCUUAUUACUUAGCCCUGUUCUGCUAUUACCACAAAGAUGGCAAAAAUGGCUUGGGGCAUUUCUGUCUGUCGAAGCCCAUUGCAACAUCAGAGCAGAUCAGUCGGUGCCAUUGUGAGACACAACAUCAGGGAAGAUGUCGUCGCUCAGUGGUGGAGCAUCUGCAGGUCCAAAUUUCAGUCCCUGGCAUCUCUCAUUGUAAAAGAAUCAGAUAGUAGUUGAUGGGGUAAACUUCUGCAUGAGACCGCGGGGAGUUACUGUCAGUCAGAGUACAGUGUGCUGGGGUAGACUGACAAGUAGGCUAGAACAUAUGAAGAGCCCUGCUGGAACCAACCCCAGGUGCAGCUGGCCUGGCAUCCUGUCUUCACAGUGGCCAGCCAGGUGCCUACGGAAAGCCUACAAGCAAACCCUUCAACUGGCAUCCAGAUGUCAUCACACAGCCAUCAUGGUCAUAGUUACAAUAAAUGUAUCCUCCUUCAAUUUGCCUUAUCCCUUUGUAACAUUGUCAAAGUUGGUAGCCCUGAUUUAGUAUAGGGCAGCUUCCUAUGGCAUGCAAAGAGGUCAAGGAGGAAUCAUAGAGUUGGAAGGAACCACAUGGGUAAUCUAGUCCAACCCCCUGCAAUGCAGCAAUCUUUUGCCCAACUUGGGACUUGAACCCAUAACCCUCAGAUUCAAAGUCACUUGCUCUUCUGACUGAGCCCUUCUGCAUUUUUGAGCCCUUCUACCGGUUGGAACCACCACUCUAGACUGAACAGUCCCUGGAAGAUUCCAUCAUCUUAGCUUCCACUCCACAUGCCACUAGUUCUCCAAACCUCCUCACAUGCUGCCUGCCUCCAUUCUGUAAGCCGACAUAUUCCUGUCGGGGGAUUCUACAGGCUGGCACCCUGGUUCCAUAACCGAGCCUUUGACGUUGCCUUCCAUUUCCCCCUGGUGCUCUCUCCUGCUCUAGGGCACUUCGCUCCCCCUGCCCCAGAAGUCUUUGAUGGUUGUGCUCCUAAUGGAAAGGGAAAGGAAGGUAGCUUAG